ACAAGCCAAUAAAAUACUCUAAAGGGUAUUGAUGAAGGGAAUAGGACACAAGCAAGUGGGAAGAGGCAGUGCCGUAGUGGGAAGAGGCAAGUGGGAAGCGACAGCCCACGAAUUGCGACCAACUCCCUUUUGGUUUGCUACAUCAGUACAUGUACAUCACCCAUUUAUCUGACCAUCACCUACACUACGUUGUUUGCCAUUGGUACCUCGAUCCAUGGGGCCUUCCCGCUUUCGCCGCCGCUCCACCACCACAAGAGUACUGCUGUCGUGCAUCUCCGUCUGCUUAGCCUUCCAUGCCGUCCGCGCCCAGUCCAGCACCUUCAGCAGCACUGUCGACGGCAAGGAGUUUACCAGCUUCUCCUUCCCCACGUUCAGCAGGUCCCUGAUGCAGCUCCCCGGCAAUCUGACCUUCUCCGGCAACUCCAGCGUCACCCAGAACACGCUGCAGAUAACCCCGGACAGCAACACCGCCAGCGGCCCAGACAACUUCCUCGUAAACCAGACCGGCAGCGUGUUCUUGGCGUCCCCGUUCGUCCUGUGGGCCUCCAAUUCCAGCUCCGCCGCCGACGGAAGGUACGUCGCCUCCUUCUCCACCGUGUUCAGGAUCAACCUCUACCGCGCCAACGCGACGAACAAGGGUGAAGGGCUGGCGUUCGUCAUCGCGUCAAGCAACGCCGCCGGCCCGCCCCCGGGAAGCCACGGCGGCUACCUCGGCCUCACCAACGCGUCCACGGACGGCAACUCCACCAACGGGUUUGCGGCGGUGGAGCUGGACACGGUGAAGCAGCCAUACGACCCCGACGACAACCACGUCGGACUCGACGUGAAUGGCGUCCGGUCAACCGACGCCGCUUCCCUCACCCCCUUCGGCAUCCAGCUCGCGCCCGUUGACACCACCGUCAACGACGGCUUCUACAUGGUGUGGGUCGACUACAACGGCACCUCAAGGCACGUGUGGGUGUACGUGGCCAAGAACGGGAGCAAGCCCGACACCGCCGUGCUCAACGCGCCGCUGGACCUCUCGACCGUCCUCCUCGGCAAGAAGGCCUACUUCGGCUUCUCGGCUUCCACCGGCGUCAAGUACCAGUUCAACUGCGUGCUCAUGUGGAACAUGACGGUCGAGAGGCUCCACGACGGCAGCACCGCCAGCAAGUCGAUAUCCGGCUGGAACUGGAAGCUCGGGGCAGCCGUGGGGGCGCCUUGCGCCGUCGCACUUGCUGUCGGGCUGCUCGUCGUCGGCAUGUACAUCGUGAGGAGGAACAAGCUGGUUGGCGGCGACCGCUGUACAGCCAUUGACCUGAGGAGCAUCCCCGGGGUGCCCAAGGAAUUCGACUUCAAGGAGCUGAAGAAAGGGACCAACAACUUCGACGAGAAGAUGAAGCUGGGUCAGGGGGGCUACGGCGUGGUGUACCGCGGCACCGUGCUCGGGGAGCAUGGCCGGAGCAUGGAGGUGGCCGUGAAGCAGUUCUCCGGGGCGGACACCAAGGGGCGGGAGGACUUCCUCGCCGAGCUGAGCAUCAUCAACCGUCUCCGCCACCGAAAUCUUGUCAAGCUCAUCGGCUGGUGCCAUCAAAAUGGUGUGUUGCUGCUGGUGUACGACUUGAUGCCCAAUGGCAGCUUGGACAAGCAUCUCUUCGGCCGGUCGGAUGCUCCAACCCUCACCUGGGAGCAGCGCUACAACGUCGCCGCCGGCGUUGCGUCCGCUCUGAACUACGUCCACCACGACUACGACCAGAUGGUGAUCCACCGGGACAUCAAGCCGUCGAACAUCAUGCUGGACGCCGCCUUCAACGCCAGGCUCGGCGACUUCGGCCUCGCCCGCGCCCUGGAGUCCGACAAGACCUCCUACACUGACAAGGUCGGCCUAGGGGGGACGCUGGGCUACAUCGCGCCGGAGUGCUUCCACACUGGCAGGGCAACCAGGGAGUCGGACGUGUUCGGCUUCGGCGCUGUCGUUCUGGAGAUCGUCUGCGGCCGCCGCAACUCCUACCACCACCCGGCCGGCUGCAGCCAGCUGCUGGACGAGGCGUGGGAGCUCCAUGGCGCGGGCAGCGUCCUCAAGGCCGUCGACCCUAGGCUCGCUGGCGAGUUCGACGAGGCCGACGCCGAGCGGCUUCUGCUGCUAGGCCUCGCAUGCAGCCACCCCAACCCUUGGGAGCGGCCCAAUGCGCAGGCCAUCCUGCAGAUCUUGACGCGCGCUGCCCCGCCGCCGGACGUGCCGCCAUCCAGGCCGGCGUUUAUGUGGCCCGUGCGGCCGUUUGGUCUCGUCAACGAGGACGGGGAGAUGUCCACGUCGGGCAGCUCGGCCACCUGCAGCACGGUCAUAACCGCGUCGCUGUUAAGAUAACGAGGAUCAUUCCUGUUUUGUUUUUCUUUUUCAAACUUCCAAUUUUUUUA